CCAAACCUGCCACAGGCCACUGUGAGAGAGAACAAACCUGCCACAGGCCGGCCCACUGUGAGAAAGAUGACUAGUGAUUCGGUGCGUGGCUCGCAGUUGUUUCAGUCCAAAGAAGUCGCGUCCAGCUUGAAUGCAGUAUACUUGUUGGAAUCUUCUCCCCAUUUCUGUUGGACUGAUUAAAAUCACGUGAUUCUGGGCGUGGGUUGUGAUGGAGUAGAGUCCACUACAAUGUGGUAGGAUAUUGUUCUCUGUGGUGAUGAAGAGUUGAUCCAAGAUGGCGGAGAGGUUCAUCAACGCGGCGAAGGAUGGGUACAUUGAUCUGCUGAGGGAGGCGACGAGGAAGGAUCUGAACACCCCGGAUGAGGAUGGUAUGACGGCAACACUCUGGGCGGCCCACACCGGGAAUUUGGAGGCGCUCAGGCUGAUAGUGGGGCGAGAAGGUGACGUGGACAAGGCCGACUACUUGGGUCUAACAGCCCUGCAUCACGCCGCUGUUCGAGGGCACAUGGGCGUGGUCAGCUACCUGGUCAACUGGGGAUGCAACAUAUACGCCCUUGACAAUGACCUUCACUCGGCGCUUGACCUUGCUUCCAUAAACGACAGGCAUGAGAUCGUCAGGUUCCUGGACAACGAGUUGGCCCAGAGGCAGAGCAAAAACCCUCGCCAGGUCUCCAAGCUCAAGGAAGAGGCCAUUAAGUCCGCAGAGAGCAACAUCAAACGCUACGAGAAGCUGCAGGAACUCGCAGCCAAGAGGGCCGAGAAGGAGCAGAAGAAGCUACACAAGGAGUCAGCCGACAGAGAAGUGAAUGCUCCCAGGAAGAAAUCUUUCUUCCAGAGCUUGUCGGUCAGGAUGAAGGGGUCGCCACUCACCGUUAGCUCAUCCAAACAAGACGUGCCAUUCUCCAACAGGAAGUAUUCGGAUUUCUCCAUGACGACUGGCAACUCCAAAGGCCUGGCCAAGAAGCUUCAGAUGAAACGUCUGGAGAACUUGACCCCGGGGGUAGACUCUGACAACAGGAGCCUCAGGGCGUACAACACUGGGCAGUUCUACAGGGGGUCGACGUCAGAGGUCAUGUAUAUGACCGCCAACAGGGAGCCGCCCGGCCAGGAGAACACCAACAAAAGGCCGUCCAUUUCUGCUGAUACGUUUUACAAAGGGAACAACGUUUACAGAGCCAAAAGUGAGUCGGAUCUGCUGGCUGACUCAGGUGUAGACAGUUACAACGGCGAAGAGGAAGACGACGAGAACGGGCCUGGUAUCUUCAACCGGCCAGAGUUUGGUAAAAUCGCUUUCUUUGGCAAGACGCCUUUCAUCAACACCUUACAGUCCUUCGACGACCGCUCCGUCGUCUCCCCUGACGACCUCGAUGACGACCAUCUGAGGUCGUCGUACUUCAAGGAAGACUCCCAGCGCGAGGGGGACGACGGGGCGGGCAAGACGCUCCCCUGGGACCAAGACGACAUCGGUAACCUUGACGACGACGAGGAAGACGCUAACGAGCUGUCUGCGGUCAACAUGUUCCUGUGGUCGUGCGGACUGGCCAGCUACUUGCACAUAUUCGCUCAGGAAAAAAUCGACAUGUCGCUCCUGACCUCUAUGACGGACGCAGAACUUAAAGAUCUUGGGCUACCAUUUGGGCCCAGGAAAAAAUUACGUGACGCACUAGCUAGACGGAAUUUGGUUCUUCAAUCAGCCGGAAGGAUGACUGACUCGUUCUUGUGAUUCCUGGAACACCUUCACACAUAUAUUCUGCAUGAACUAGGACAGCAGUCAGGGAUUAUACUUUCGUUGCUUUUACUCCAACUUUUGUAGACUUCAGGAGUAUACGGCAUUCUUGUGGCUUACAUUUAUAAUCAGUUCAUGGAAAUGUAAAAUUCUAUAUCAUCAUUUUAAUUGAUAUUCGAUAAUUGAAGUCAAAUAUCAUUCAAAUGUAUAUCGUGUUUUCAAGUAUAGUGAUCUAGUUAUAUAUUUUAUAAAAAAUAAUUGUGAUACAAAAGAAAUAUAAGGCAUUUAAAAUUAGACAUUUAAGUGUUGAAAUGUACAUGACUGUCUGUCAUUUAAGGAUAAACCCCAUCCUAAUGAGCCAGUUCUACAUCACCACGCACAUCUUAAAGAUCUAGCUGACAAUAUCCUGCAAUCUUUGGCUCAUCGGUAUCUGGGCAGCGGCGUAGUGUCUUGUGUUGAUUGAGGAAUGUGGCCAAAAUUGUUGGUUCGUGGGUGGCCAUUGGACUUAGUGGGUGGCCCUUACACUAAAGGCUGGCCAUUAGACUAGCAAGUGGCCAUUAAACCAAUGGGUGGCCAUCGGACUUAGUGGGUGGCCCUUACACUAAAGGCUGGCCAUUACACCAUUGGGUGGCCAUUAGACAAGUGGGUGGCCAUUACAACAGUAAGUGGCCAUUAAACCAGUAGGUGGCCAUUAAACCAAUGGGUGGCCAUUAGACAAUGUUAAAGUAAUGCAACUUACAAUGUUUAUCACGUUACGCAUCACUUAACAUCUCGACACAAACUUAAAACCUCAGCACUCAAGUGGAACCACGGCACUUGUCUAUACUACAUCCACAGGAAGGGUAGCACUUUUAGCGGUUUAACAUCUUCUACACUAACACAUCCAUAAACUUGUGAAUGAUGAACGAAGCGGACCUAUACCUCAAACGUGUGAUCGUUUAUUAUUCUAUUUAUAGAAUUUAUAUUACCAGUAAAACAAGUGAAUAUGCUG